GUCGUGCUGUGAAUUAUGGCAGCGCUUCCGGUCCCACUGCCCUCAGCAAAGAUGGCGGCAGUAGAGAAGCGGCGGCCGGCAGUAGCACCAGCGGCCAAUUUCGCGGACAGCGGCCGAACGUCGGUGUCUCAGGCGGCGGCCGCAGCCGAGAGCGAAGAGGACUUCCUCCGGCAGCUCGGCGUGACGGAGAUGCUGCGCGCGGCCCUACUGAAGGUGCUGGAGACGCGGCCCGAGGAGCCCAUCGCCUUCUUGGCGCACUACUUCGAGAACAUGGGCCUGCGCUCGCCAACCAACGGCGGCGCUGGGGAGCCCCAGGGUCAGCUCCUCCUGCAGCAGCAGCGCUUAGGCCGCGCGCUGUGGCACCUUCGCCUGGCUCACCACUCGCAGAGGACGGCCUUCAACAACAACGUGAGUGUGGCCUACGAGUGUUUGAGCGCCAGUGGUCGCAAGAAGAAGCCAGGACUGGACGGGCGCACCUACAGUGAGCUGCUGAAGCGUGUGUGCAGGGACGGCGGGGCACCCGAGGAGGUAGUGGCGCCGCUUCUGCGCAAGAUCCAGUGCCGGGACCACGAGGCUGUGCCACUGGGCAUCUUCCGGGCCGGCAUGCUGUCGUGCUUCGUGCUGCUGGAGUUCGUGGCGCGAGCCAGCGCCCUCUUUCAGCUUCUGGAGGACCCAGGCCUGGCAGUGGCCGAUAGGCGAGUGGGCCAGGCCGUACUGGACACGCUCGAGGGCGCGCUGGGCACAGGAGACCUGGCGGCAACGCCCACACACUACCUAGAGGCCGGUUCCCGCCUGGGCCCCGACAGUCUGGCACGUGCCCUGGACAGGGCAGCAACAGGACGGCGGCCCAGCGUGCCCAUGGCCCGAGAGGAGUUCCUGGAGAAGGCUGCAGCCCUCUUCAUUGCCAAGGUCAAGCCUGUGGGUUGAGCCCAGAAUGUAUGCACGCCCUGCCACCUCCCAGGGAAGGCCAGGACUGGGGACCUGCAAACUGGUGUCCCGGCAUCCUGCACAGGGCCCUCGCCCAGGGAGGGGACCAACAUCUACAGUUCAGUCCCCUCUGUUUUGGCCUGUCUUCCAUACUCACAGAAAUAAAAUCUGAAAAGACCCGG